CGCGCUCGUCGUGCGUCACACCAAAUGAUCGUCGCACGCUCGCACCGCGCCCACAUGGCUCCCGUUCAGCUCGACCCUGACCUGCUCCUCCUCACCGUCGUUUUCGUGGUUUCCUGUUUCGUCAUCGCCAGAUGCCUCCGGUCAGGCCGCAAGGACGGCGGCCGGGUGCUGCUGCUGCCUCCUUCCCCUCCGCCGCUGCCCAUCACCGGCAACCUCCACCAGCUCGGGCGGAGCCACUACCACCGGCGGCUGCGGGAGCUGGCGCGCCGCCACGGCCCGCUUUUCCUCCUCCGCCUCGGCUCCGUGCCCACCGUCGUGGUCUCCUCGGCCGCCGUGGCCGAGGAGGUGCUCCGGACCCAGGACCACGUCUUCUGCAGCCGCCCGCCGCAGCGCACGGCCCGCGGCCUCCUCUACGGCUGCCGCGACGUCGCCUUCAGCCCCUACGGCGAGCGGUGGCGCCAGCUGCGCCGCAUCGCCGCCCUCCGCCUGCUCAGCGCGAGGCGGGUCGACUCCUUCCGCGCGCUCCGGGAGGAGGAGGUCGCGUCCUUCCUGGACCGGAUCCGCGCCGCGGGUGCUCACCGUGAGGACGGGCGCCGAGCCGGGGUCAACCUGAGCGAGCUGCUCGUCGGCCUGACCUACGCCGUCAUCUCCAAGGCGGCGUUCGGGAACAGGCUCGGCGGGAUGGAACCCGGGGCGGUCCGAGCGAUGAUGGAGGAGACGAGCGAGCUGCUGGAGACGAUCGCGGUGGGCGACGUGUUCCCGCGACUCCGGUGGGUGGACUGGGCGACGGGGCUCGACGCGAGGAUAAAGAGGACGGCGGCCAAGCUUGACGCCGUGAUGGAGGGAGCGCUCCAGGAGCACGAGAAAGGCGGCGGCGGCGGCGGGAACGACGGCGAGGCCGAUGACCUCCUCGACGACUUGCUCUCGGCCGUGAAGGAGGGCGGCGCCAGGUUGAACCUCGACAGGACUGACGUCAAGGGACUCAUCCUUGACCUUUUCCUAGGAGGCACGGACACAACUGCCAAGACGGUGGAGUGGACGAUGGCCGAGCUGGUGAACUACCCAGACGAGCUGGAGAAAGUACAAGCCGAGGUGCGGCAGGUUGUGGGGCCGCACGGCAGCGUCUCGGAGGAGCGGCUGAGCUCCAUGUCACGGCUGCAGGCCGCCAUGAAGGAGGCUCUGCGCCUGCACCCGCCGGUGCCGAUGCUCGUGCCCCGCGUGGCCAUCCACGACACCAGGCUCCGCGGCCACGACGUCCCGGCCGGGACCCGGGUCGUCGUGAACGCGUGGGCGAUCGGCCGGGACGGUGAGUCCUGGGGGGAGGACGCGGACGCGUUCCGGCCGGAGAGGUGGCUCGCGCGCGGCGCCGCCGCCGACUACGGCGGGCGGGACGCCCGGUUCAUCCCGUUCGGCGCGGGGAGGAGAGGGUGCCCCGGCGUCGGCUUCGCGACGCGCCUCGCGGAGCUCGCGCUCGCCAGCAUGCUCUACCAUUUCGACUGGGGGCUGCCGGGCGGCCAGGACGCCGGCUCGUUCGAGCUCGUCGAGUCGAGUGGGAUCGCCGCGGGUCUCAAGUCCCCCCUGACCCUCGUCGCGGAACCCUUCCGUCCGUGAACUACGAGCCGAUGGUUUGUGUGUGUGCUAUGUCAGGUAAGGUGGAAGAUCAUCUACAAUAUAUAGUUUGGUAUGCAGCUAUGGAUUCUCCAAAAACAAAAAGUUAUCCAGCAUUCAAUUUCUGGGUCUCUGCUUGCAUGGACAAACGUUUCUGAAUAUAUUGUACAAUCAUUGUGUAAGAAUACAUCUCGAAUUGAAGCUGCGGCCAUCUAAAAAAAUUGUACUAUACAUCAUAUACUAGGCGUACAGCCCGAUCAUUUGCACGGCUAGUAUUGAAAAUUCAAAAAUUUGCA